CGCAGAGAAAAACAUCAACGGCUCAAACCAAUUCCUCUCAUUCCGCACAAAAGCCUUCGGCGUCCAAACUGAACGGAGUUUCACAGCUUCCGCAGAAUCUAGUUCUUCUCAGAGACCACCGAUCACGAUGUACCGAACCGCGGCUUCUAGCCUCCGGGCUCUCAAGGGUCGCACAUGCUGUGGAGUACCUGCAAGGUUUGCAAGUUCAAGUGCUGUUGCUACAACCUCAUCCUCUUCGGGCGGCUUCUUUAGUUGGCUGACUGGGAGUCAGUCCAAGUCCGUGCCACCACUAGAUUUUCCCCUACCAGGUGUUGCCCUACCAGCUCCAUUGCCUGAUUAUGUUGAACCUGGUAAAACCACGAUUACAACUCUCCCGAAUGGCCUCAAAAUUGCUUCAGAGACCUCAACAAACCCUGCUGCAUCAAUAGGAUUAUACGUGGACUGUGGUUCAAUCUAUGAGUCUCCAGUCUCAUUAGGGGUCUCACAUCUGCUUGAGCGUAUGGCCUUCAAGAGCACAACAAACCGCAGUCAUUUGCGUAUUGUGAGGGAAGUAGAGGCAAUUGGUGGCAAUGUGCAUGCUGGAGUUUCUCGGGAGCAGAUUGGAUAUACCUUUGAUGCUUUGAAGACUUAUGUUCCUGAAAUGGUAGAGCUGCUUAUUGACUGUGUUAGAAACCCUGUUUUCUUGGAUUGGGAGGUUAAUGAACAGCUUCAGAAAUUGAAAGAGGAAAUCGCUGAAGCUGCAAAGAAUCCUCACGGUUUGCUUUCAGAGGCCAUUCACUCGGCUGGUUAUUCUGGUGCAUUGGCUAAUCCUCUUUUAGCCUCAGAAUCUGCCGUAAAUUUAUUAAAUGGUACAAUUUUAGAGGAUUUUGUUGCGGAAAAUUUUGCUGCUUCACGGAUGGUACUGGCGGCAUCUGGUGUUGAACAUGAGGAACUGUUAUCCGUUGCAGAACCACUUUUGUCAGACCUUCCCAAUGUUCCUCGCCCUCAGGAGCCAAAAUCCGUGUAUACUGGAGGUGAUUAUCGUUGUCAGGCCGAUUCAGGGGAUCAAACUCAUUUUGCUCUUGCAUUUGAACUUCCUGGUGGUUGGCACAAGGAGAAGGAAGCUAUAAUUUUGACUGUUCUUCAGAUUCUAAUGGGAGGAGGUGGAUCAUUUUCAGCUGGCGGCCCUGGAAAAGGAAUGUAUUCAAGACUAUAUGUUCGUGUCUUGAAUGAGUAUCCACAAGUUCAGUCGUUUUCAGCAUUCAACAACAUUUACAACCAUACUGGCAUAUUUGGAAUCCAAGCUACUACUGGUUCUGAUUUUGUACCAACUGCCAUUGAUGUAGCUGUAAAGGAGCUUAUUGCUGUUGCAACACCUGGACAAGUUGACCAGAAACAACUAGACCGUGCUAAACAGUCAACGAAGUCUGCCAUUUUGAUGAAUUUGGAAUCCAGAAUGGUUGCUUCGGAAGAUAUUGGCAAACAAGUCUUGACAUACGGUGAGAGGAAACCUUUGGAGUAUUUCUUGAAGGCUGUUGAUGAAAUUACACUGAAGGAUAUUUCUUCAGUAGCCCAAAAGCUUCUAUCCUCGCCUCUCACAAUGGCAUCAUAUGGAAAUGUUAUUAAUGUCCCAAGCUACGAUUCAGUUAGCAGCAAGUUCAAGUGAAAAAUGAAAUUUGCUUCCUUGUGUCAAAUAUGACGGGGCAUUUACCUGGUUUCCACAGUGUUGUGCAUCCUCAUACCUUUUGAGUUGUUUUAUAACAAGAUGCGGUUGAAAAUAAGGAGUUUAGGUGCUUCCAUUUUUAACAAUAAAUUGUUUAUCCCAAGCAAGUAACAUAUUAGUGAAAUAGCUUCUGCAGACAGUGGGAUUCGCAUGUUUUCUGCUGUAUUCCAUGAGUUUUGAUUAUGGGUCAUGGUUGGGGAGAAAAGUCACCAUAUUCUUUUUUACUGUCUGUUUUACCAAUUACCCAAAGCAAUUCAACAAUGGUCUCUACUUGGAACCGACAUUUUGACCAGAAAACUUUUGGUGUAUAUGUCAGCACAUGUGCCUAUUAUGGCACAAUUUUCAGGUUUAUUCGGUACAACUUAUUUCACGUUACA